UGGCGGUUGACCCGGUGACCGCGACUCUGCGCGAGGCCCGCAGCGCAGUCGGGUUAGCUCUGCGCUGGGAUUCCCCCGAGCCUCCCUCGCGGGGACAUGGGGACACACCCGUCCUGCGCCCCGCCCCGCCCUCCGCAGGUCCGGGUCUGACGGAGCUGGGCAGCCAUGAGCGCGAACCCUCAGUGGGACAUCAGCAGGGCGCUGGGGGUGGCCCGGCUCUUCCACUUGGUAUGUGGAGUCCGGGAUGCCUGCGUGACCCCGUUCCUGACCCUCUACCUGAGGCAGCUGGGCUUAGCGGCGCCCUGGGUGGGCAUCUUAAUGGGAACCAAGCACCUGAUCGCAGCCUGCUGGGCCCCCUUCUGCGCCUUUCUGGCCAAAAGCUACCAGAAAAGGAGAGUGCUUCUGAUAGUCUCGCUGCUUGGUUCAGCCGGAGCCAGCCUCUUCAUGGUCCUCAUCCCAGCCUUGGGCAAAAAUCUGGAAUACCGCUCUUGUAAUGGAAGCAGUAGCGUGACCACUACAGUGGUACCACCGGGGGUCACGUUAACUGUGAGCAGCAUCUCGGUCCCAGAGUCUGCCUCAAAGCCCUCAGCAGAGGCAUCCAGCCUCCCGGCCAGGAGGGAUGCCGAAGUGGUGGAAGCCUCUGGCUUAAGAAAUGAACCUGGUGAAAGUGACCAAGAAAUUUUCAGUGAUCUGUACGGGUACUCAGUGGACUCCACUGAAGGAACCAGGACCGUGUCUCAAGUUCUCCAUCCUGUCACUUCAGGGGUGAAAGCUAAUUCCUGGGAAGCUGUUUAUGAGGCAUUCAAUACUACCCUCACUUUGCUUCCCGAAGUCCCAGAACUGGGAACUCUGGCCAACAUGUCAGUUGCCAAAGGGGAAGCACAAGCCUUUCACUUCUCCUUGGAAGGGUUGCAGUGGACUUUCAUCCUCUCCUUGGGGUUCAUGGUGUUCUGGGAGCUGUUGACAGCCCCUCUGGAGCAGGUGGCAGACGACAGCCUUUAUGAAUACCUGGAUUUUGUGGAUGCCACUGACCGAUACAGAAGCCUGUGGAUAUGGAGAUCACUGGGCAUGUCAGCGGGUGUAUGUGGCAUUGCAGCCUUGGUGGAGCAGCUGGACUGCUUCUUGGUGACGAAUGGCCCUCCGGGUGUAGUGCACUUCUAUGGUUACUCGCUGAUCAGCACCCUGGCCUUACUGGUGAGCAUUGCCUUUCCUGUCCCCGCCUACCGGCGCCAGGAGCCCAGCUACAAAACUGUCAAAGCACUGUCUCUCGUAGGGGGUGACCCCCGCCUCAUUCUCCUAGCCGUCACUGUCAUUUUGAUAGGAGCUGUUGUGAGUAAUGUGCAGAACUUUCUGUUCUGGCAUAUGAAGGACCAUGGCAGCAGAGAGUUAGUGAUGGGUCUCUCAGUUGCCCUGGGCUUGCUGGGGGAAAUUCUGCUGCAUCCAUUCAAAACUGCAUUGCUUAAGAAGCUAACCAGGGUGGGUGUGAUAGGGCUAGGGCUGGGCUGCCUCGCUGGGCAGCUGCUCUAUUACUCUUUCCUCUGGAAUUGGUGGUCUGUCCUUCCUGUUCAGAUCCUGAGUGCCAUCAGCAGUGGUGCUCUGUGGUGGGCCGUGGGAGCCUCCAUAGAGGACCUGGCCUCCCCUGGCACUGAGAGGCCUCUGAAUACUAUGUUCCGAGGUCACUUUUACGGGGGUGGCUGUAGCCUGGGCAGCUUUGUGGGAGGCUUCAUGGCAAUGUACUUCAGCCUGGCUGUGCUCUACCGGACCUGCUGUGUGGUCCUGUUGCUCUGGCUAGCCUUGUUCCUGUCCAUCCAGCUGAGGCUGCCCCAAGACCGGAAGAUCAACUACUCAAAGCUGCUGACUGUGGAGGGGAGUGACACCAGCGACUCUGAGCAGGGGUCAGAACGGGACUGGCUUGUGCAGGCCAUGAGGGAGGAGCACUCAGACUGGAAGGACUGAGAGAAGGUCUUAGUGCUCUGAUCUGGGAAGGAACUAAUGAGCUGGACAAAACUGUCUGCUGAGGAUAGAAUCCUGCCCUGGACUACUGGGAGCCUUGGAGAAGAGAAGGCACGUCAAUGCCAAAGGCCCAACAGGAUCAUCUCAUUGCAUGAUUUUCUUUACUUUGGUAGUAAA